AUGGGCUCUGAGUUCGGCGUCCACGCCGACUCCAAGCCGGAGCCAACUCUCGGCCCUGUCGGCAUCUUCUGGGCUUCGUGGGCAUGUGUUUGGACCACCCUCCUCGUCAUCGGCAUGGGCUACCUCAUCGCCCGCCGCAAGCUGCCCAUCUUGCGUCUGCGUGGCUUGGGCAUCUCGCUCGCCGCCAUCACCAUGCUGCAUCUGUACUGGAUCAGCGUCCAGCUGGGUUACGUCGUCGGCGCGCUCGCGCCGGGUGACGCCGAGUACUGGAUCAUGGGAAUCUACCUGCCAUUCGGCAUCGCCCUCUUCCACGCGUCUAACAGUCGCUUCCUGCACGUCGCGCAGGCGCAGAGGAAAUAUGCCGAGCAGGGAGGCAGUGCUGUGGUAGUCCGGGCCGAUUCAAGGCGGACACGCGGGCUGCUCGCCCGGUUCAAGCGACUCGACUAUACGGCCAAGAUACUCGCCGUCGUCGUCCUCGGAAUGUUUGUGCAGCUGAUGCUCACGAUCCUCAUGUACAUCGUCUCCCGAAAAUGGCACAGCUCAUGGGGCAUUCCCGGAACUGAGGUGACGGGCACGGAGAUGGAGCAGAAGAUGCAAAUGGGCCGUGGAUGGGAGUGGUGGCCGUCCGUGUUCUGGCAAUUCUUUUGGGCGUGGAUCGUCGCCCCGGUGAUCCUGUGGAAAUCGAGAGGUAUUCACGACACGCAGGGCUGGAGAGUACAGACAAUCGGCUGCGCCGUGUCCAAUCUCCACGCGACUCCCAUGUGGUUGAUUGCCCUCUACGUCCCCGGCAUGGAGCCCGUUAACAAAUUCUUUAUUCCUCCCCAAUGGAUCGCCGCCUCGAUCAUGUUGACGGAAGUGUUCACCGUGUUCCUCCCGUGCUGGGAGGUGAUGCGGCACCAGACGCUUCGCCAGGAGACGCUUGACUCCAUCGCACAAUGGGAGUCGAAGAACAAGGUCUCGAGGAGGACAGAAAACAAGUCUGUUCACACAGCAUCUUCAACGCGCGUCGAAUCCAUCAUGUCGGGGUGGAAGUCGACCAACGGCUCCGUCAAGACGACCAACUCGGACGAGUCAAUCCUUACCAUGAGCGCCCUCGAACACGUCCUCGAGCGCAAUCCCGCGCCUCUACAAGAAUUCUCGGCCCUGCGCGAUUUCUCCGGCGAAAACAUUGCCUUUCUGACGAGCGUUUCUGAAUGGAAGAGCUCCCUGCCGCCUGCAGUCCGUGACGGCGAGUCGAGAGACCCGAACACGAGGGAAUUGGUGCGCGAGCGGUUCAAUCGUGCUCUGCGCAUAUACGCUGGGUUCAUCAGUACACGAGACGCCGAGUUUCCCAUCAACAUUUCGUCACACGAUCUGAAGAAGCUGGAGAGCAUCUUCGAGGCGUCGGCCCGCAAACUUUACGGCGAGAAGUGCGACGUCGACCCAGCUACGCCAUUCGACUUCCCGGCGCCGCCCGUCGAGCGAUCGGCCACCUCGUCGUCUGAGGAUUCAGAGAAGACAGCUGCUGAGUUGAUCGCCGCCGCACGAACAUCAAUCGCUGGAGACCGAGUGCAGUAUUGGGGCGAGAUUCCCGAUGAGUUUGACGAGACGGUCUUUGACGAUGCGGAGAAGAGCAUCAAGUAUCUCGUCUUGACAAACACUUGGCCCAAGUUUGUGCGCAACCGGCGGUCAUCUAUGGAUACCAUCGACCCGGAAUCGCACACCGACGUGCUCCAGAUGGUCAAGGAGAGGCAUGGGAAUUGA